CAGGGGCAUGAUGAAAAUCCUUGGGCUCUGCAGGACGCCCACACCACCAGCGGCAGCGGCAGCAAAGCUGGCAUGGCUUUCAGUCCAACCUCAUGGGCCCUGGGUCAUGCUUCCAGCUUGUUCUUUCUUUCGCGCACUUUAAAUCCAUUUUCCCCCCUCAGCUGCUUGCCCUACAGGCCUCAAGCUCCUGCAUAAGCCUUACAGAGACUCUCUCCCAAGCAGACACCGUAGAAGGCAAGACAAAAACACAGAAGGAAGCUGAGAAAGCUGACUGCACAUCUCCCGCUCUCACUUGUCCUGGUGAUGAGAUCCCCAUUAUUUUGAAUAAUGACCACAUAAUAAUAUCAAAUGAAAGAAAUGCUGUGGAUCCCAUAAAGUCUAGCUCUCUCCAAUUUAUGAGACAAUCUGUAGAGUAUUUCAAGGGGAUUUUGCUGCAGAUAACUGAUGACGUUAUUGAAGGGGGCGUGACACGCUGUUUUGCCUGGGAAAAAAUAAAAAGAAAGGAAAAAGUCCUGUUUGAAGUGCAGAUGGAUCUCUUAUCUCUACGAGGCUCCAACACACUACUUGGGGGAAAAAAAAAAUUCCUUCCAUACAAAAAGCUUAGCUUGAUCCUGUAUGCUUGGAAGACGUUCUGGACGUUACUGGGUUUUACUUCUCCCACUGAAUGCGAAGAGACGCUCUUGAGAAAUGAAACACCUAGUUACGGAUCCACAUGGUAUCACAUCCAGCAUCGCUACUUGGGAGACGCCAGAAGUCUGGGAUCUUAGACAAGAAGGUGAGUAACACUCUCUCUGUCUCUUUCUCCCUCUAAGUCGUCUAGAGUUCAGAGCAACCUAAGCCGGCUGGUUUUUGUAGCGCUUUACAUGCAAUUCCUUCACCCUCGAGGACUGUGGAAUCGAGGGCAGAAUACCCAGCCAAUAAAUGUCUGCAGCCUGACUUAGUGACUGAAUGAACGAAUGAAUGAAGUCACUGACUCAAGUUCUCCAAAUUAGAAACACAUAGGCAGGAUUCAAACUCAGGCAGUUGGCCUCUAAAUCC